AUGCAGUUCUACGCAUGCAAUCAAACGACGGCAAAGAGGUUGCGUCUACGGGCAUCACAAGAAGCCAGCCAAUACGAUGCGGACUCGGUUGAAGCUGCAGACCCUCUCUCAGCUCCCCUGAAGAGGAAACUGAAGUCGAGGAAUUUGAAGAUGAUUGUGAUUGGUGGUAUCAUCGGGCCUGGAUUGCUUGUCGGUUCAGGGAGCGCCCUCCACUCAGGAGGGCCAGCAGGCAAUCUCAGGGAGAGAUAUCCACGAUCAUUACCAGUAACUGGGUCGUUUACUGAAUACGCCGAACGCUUCCUUGCUGAUUCACUUGCAUUUGCCCUCGGAUGGGCAUAUUGGUAUCUCUGGGUGACGGUCCUCGCCAAUGAAUACAAUUCUAUAUCCCUCGUUAUAGGACACUGGACCGAGACUGUGCCACAAUGGACCUGGAUUCUUAUCUGCUGGGUACUCUUGCUGUGUCUUUCGAGCUUGGGAGUCAUGGCAUAUGGUGAAAUGGAGUUCUGGCUAUCAUUGUACGUUAUUCUAUUCUGCAACAGCCGGGACGGCUCGUUUGAUCAACGCCCUCAUCGCGUCUACCAUCUCCGCCGGGAAUGGCUCAUUAUACGUGGCAUCUCGGUCACUGCUCUUUAUGGUACGCAGUGGCAAGGCACUCCACUUCAUCGGUCGGACGAAUAA